CCCAGCCGACAAAAAAAAAAAAAAAAAAAGGAAAAAAACAAAGCCAACCGAAAAAAAAACCUCGGGGGGGGAGUCGUGGGGGGGGUCCUGAGAACAUCUUAUAAACCGGAUUGCACUGAGAGGAGGAAAAAAAAAAGCAAAAAAGAUACAAAAUAUACAAGCAAAAGGCAACAAUUCCCCGGUCUCCAGCAGUCGCCCACCCUCCCUUUCCUUCUCUCCUGCUGGCCAUCUGCCUUGGGUUCUCCUUUGUGUCUGAUCUCUUACUACUGAGCCGAGCGCAGGCGGAGGGUGCACCACACGCAGGGACUAUGCCCAGCUCGCUUUUUGCAGACAUGGAGAGGAACGGGAGCGGCGGCGGCGGCGGUGGUGGUGGUGGUGGCGGGGGAGAGACCCUGGAUGACCAAAGAGCCCUUCAGAUCGCCCUGGAUCAGCUCUCCCUGCUGGGGCUGGACAACGACGAGACGGGCUCCAUUUACGACAACGAGCCUCGGAAAAAGAGCGUGAACAUGACUGAAUGCGUCCCGGUGCCCAGCUCGGAACAUGUCGCUGAGAUAGUGGGGAGACAAGGUUGUAAAAUCAAAGCUCUGCGGGCAAAGACCAACACCUACAUCAAGACCCCGGUUCGCGGGGAGGAGCCGCUCUUUGUUGUGACGGGCAGAAAGGAAGAUGUGGCCAUGGCCCGCAGGGAGAUCAUCUCUGCGGCCGAGCACUUCUCCAUGAUCCGAGCCUCGCGGAACAAGAACACAGCCCUGAACGGCACCGUUCCCGGCCCCCCGAACCUGCCCGGCCAAACCACCAUCCAGGUGCGGGUGCCUUAUCGCGUGGUGGGCUUGGUUGUGGGGCCCAAGGGGGCCACCAUCAAGCGCAUCCAGCAGCAGACGCACACGUACAUCGUGACCCCGAGCCGGGACAAGGAGCCGGUCUUCGAGGUGACGGGCAUGCCAGAGAACGUGGACCGGGCCCGGGAGGAGAUCGAGGCACACAUCGCCAUGCGCACCGGUGGCAUCAUCGAGCUGACGGACGAGAACGACUUCCACGCCAACGGCACGGACGUGGGCUUCGAGCUGAACGGCACGGGCAGUCUCUGGAGCAAGCCCACGCCGCCCAGCAUCACACCCACCCCGGGCCGCAAGCCCUUCUGCAACUACCGCAACGACAGCUCCAGCUCGCUGGGCAGCGCCUCCACCGACUCCUACUUCGGGGGCGGCACCGGGGGGGGCGGCAGCGCCCGCCUGGCCGACUACAGCCCCCCGAGCCCGGCGCUGAGCUUCUCGCACAACGGCAACAACAACAACAACAGCGCCAACGGCUACGUGUACGGCGGGGGCGGCGGCGGCGACGUCCUCUCCUCCCCGGACUGCUGCUCCGAGCUGCCCUUCGACUCGCCGCCCGGCUUCGACCUGGCGCCCGCCCCGCCGCCCGGGGCCGCCCUCCUCUGGCCGCAGUUCGAGCGCGGCCCCGCCGCGCCGCCCUCGCCCGCACCCUCGCCCGCCGCCGCCUUCCCGGGCGCCGCGCCCGCCAAUGCCAACCUGGCGCUGCUGGUGAGCGGCCCCCGGCGCGGCGCCGCCCCGCCCCCGGCGCGGCUCUCCCCGCCCCUGCACGGCAGCGCGGCCGGUACCGAGCACCCGCUGGCGCGGCGGGUGCGCAGCGACCCCGGCGGGCGGCUGCUGGCCGCCUCCUACCCGCUGUACGCCAACGGGCUGGGCGCCCACCUGCCCGGGCUGCCCUCCGACUCCUCCGCCUCCUCCUCCUCCUCCUCCAGCUCCUCGUCCAGCUCCUCCUGCUCCUCCUCUGGCGUGCGGCGGAAGGGCAGCCGCGACUGCUCGGUGUGCUUCGAGAGCGAGGUGAUCGCGGCGCUGGUGCCCUGCGGCCACAACCUCUUCUGCAUGGAGUGCGCCAACCGCAUCUGCGAGAAGACGGAGCCGCAGUGCCCCGUGUGCCACAGCGCCGUCACCCAGGCCAUCCGCAUCUUCUCCUGAGCGCCGCGGGCGGGGGGCACGAAGCGGGGGGGGCCGGCGGGGCCGGGGCUGCCGCCCGCCGAGGGGUGCGGGCUGCGGCCGAGGGAGGGCUGGGGGGUGGUGUGACAGCGGGUGCAUGCUAUAAAUAAUAACGGGCGACUCCAUUCUAGUGCUAGGCUAGUUUUUACACUGUACUUUAAUACGAAGCUUCCAAAACUCCCCUUUUUUUAUAAACAAACAAACAGGAAAAAAAAAAAAAACAGAAAAAAAAAUUGAAAGUAGAAGAUGCUUAUGAUGAUGACAAUGGUGUGUGGACUGUUAGUAAAACGUGCUGGUAGUUCUAGGAUGCUUAUUACAAAAUAAUUAAAUCUAUGGGUGGAUACUUUUCUGAAUGUUCUUGAAAGGGCAAGAAGUUCCUGUGAAAAACCAUGAUACUGCAGCUUUAUCAGACUUUAAAAAAGAAAAAAAGAAAAAAAAAAACAACAAAC